CUAACAGGUGAUAGGUUUUUCAUGUUAGAUCCUCACAGAGAAACGAUUCUGCCGUCAUUAUAAGAGCUGCUGAUUCAUUUCCUGUCAGUGUUGGAGCUCAAGGCACCGAGCUUCAGCUGUGACUCUCUGAAAAACAAAAACCUGUGGAUGUUUCUAAAAACCCAGGCCACGUCCUGCUGGUCUGACGGAGCUGUUAUCGUCCUCACCGACUCCUCACAUCUGGAUGAAAGAAUGCACGUACAGUACACGAUUUUCACUGUCAGUUCAUCUGAUUUUCAGAAAGCAUGAAAGAAUUCCCACUGCAACACCUCAGAGGUCAGUCUGACGUCACGUCAACGAACCAUUUAGUCUGUAGACAUCAGGAAGCUGUGGAAAAUGUCCGUCUCAGUCUCUCAGGGUCCAAGACGAAGACGCUUCCACUUCACUGACACGUACAGUGAACAGCACUGUUCAUCUGGAACACUGACUCAGAGGAUUAAAUGGUUUUCAGAAGCAGCUGCUCAGAGUUAGACAAUGUGUGAAAGUAAAGAAGGUAAAUGAUGAAAUGCAGCUGAGGGUUACUGUCAGCACCGAUUCAUCUGCCAAAGGUUUUCCUGAUCGUUUAACCUGUAAAGUUCCAGAAAAUGGUGAGAAGCAUCUCAGCUUCUGUGAUGUCUGUCAAUCUGCUGCUCUCUCUCUCUCUCUCUCUCUCUCUCUCUCUCUCUCUGGCCUGGUCUAUGGGAGGGUCUGUGGCCUUUAUGCUAAGCUAAGCUAAGCUAAGCAGCUGCACAGGCAUGAGAGCAGGAUCAGUCUGAACUUCACUAAAUGUUGAACUGCUCCUUUAAAGUUUGCUCUCACCACUUUACAUAUAAAACUUAAAGUAACAAAUCCUACCUCACCUGGAGGUAGCUGCAAAGCACCAUGGGAGCCGGCUGAGGUGUGGACAGGUGUUCUGAGCUCCGUCCUGGAGUCGGCCUGAAGCAACAGAAUGCUCAGUUUAUUGAUCCUUAACAGAGCCGUCAGAUAUUUAUCCAAACAUCAUAGCGAUGGGUUUCCCCGCGGAGCGACUGGAGGGAGUUUAUAGAAACAACAUUGAUGAUGUUGUUCGGUUUUUAGAUUCAAAGCACAAGAAUCACUACAAGAUCUACAAUCUAUGUGCAGAGCGACAUUAUGACACGUCAAAGUUCAACUGUCAAGUCGCUCAGUAUCCGUUCGAGGACCAUAACCCCCCUCAGCUGGAGCUGAUAAAGCCGUUCUGCGAGGACCUGGAUCAGUGGCUGAGCGAGGACGAGCAGCACGUCGCAGCCAUCCACUGCAAGGCAGGAAAAGGCCGCACCGGCGUCAUGAUCUGCGCCUACCUGCUGCACCGAGGCAAGUUUCAGGAGGCUCAGGAGGCUCUGGACUUCUACGGAGAGGUCCGCACCCACGACAAGAAGGGCGUGACCAUCCCCAGUCAGCGACGUUAUGUCAUCUACUACAGUUUCCUGUUGAGGAACCAGCUGCAGUACAAACCUGUGGCUCUGCUCUUCCAUAAGAUGCUGUUUGAAACCAUCCCCAUGUUCACCGGAGGCACCUGCAACCCUCAGUUCGUGGUGUAUCAGCUAAAGGUGAAGAUUCACACGUCGAACCCCGUCCACACCCGCAGGGAAGACAAGCUGAUGCUGUUUGAGUUCCCGCAGCCGCUUCCUGUCUGCGGGGACAUCAAAGUGGAGUUCUUCCAUAAGCAGAACAAGAUGAUGAAGAAGGAAAAGAUGUUUCACUUCUGGGUCAACACCUUCUUCAUCCCGGGGCCGGAGGAGAACCCAGACAAGCUGGAGAACGGCAGCGCCGGGACGCAGCGGGAACCGACUGACAGAACGCAUCAGAACCUGGGGACGAUGACGCCGAUGAUGAUGGGAGGAGAAACCAACGACAGAGACUACCUGGUUCUCACUCUGAUCAAGAACGACCUGGACAAAGCCAACAAAGACAAGGCCAACAGGAACUUCUCCCCGAACUUCAAGGUGAAACUGUUUUUUACGAAGACGGUAGAGGAAGGAGCGAACUGCGACGCCAGCAGCACCUCGGCCUCGGUGACCCCGGACGUCAGCGACAACGAACCAGAUCACUACCGCUACUCCGACACGACGGACUCGGACCCAGAGAACGAGCCGUUCGAAGAAGACCACCACAAUCAGAUCACAAAAGUCUGACACACACACACACACACAAACAUACAGAUAUAUAUGCGUGUAUAUAUGUAUAUAUACAUACAUAUAUACACAGUAUAUAUACAGUAUAUAAAUGUAUACAUUCACAAAACCCCUAACUAAGACUAGCGCGUGGUUAGCUAACGGGGGAAUAUAACCGAUGGACCAGACUCUGGGAUCAAAGAGCUCAGACCCCGCCCCCCCCACCCCCUCCUCCAAUCCUCUGCUUGGUGCACACCUGGACAAUCACAUGAGCUGAUGGUCGGGGGUGAGGAGGGUGGGGAUAAACACGUGGGCAGGGCCAGGCUGGAAAAUGGACAGCAAGUGGACAAUGAGACAGAUGAAUGGACAGACAGGAAAUUUUCAAAAUGAAAGGGGUAAAACUUGAAUAUAAACAAACUGAAAGACAAGUAGACGUCUUUAGUGACUACACCAAGAUGUUUGUUGGAUGAAUCCUCAGUCCCCCUGUGUCCUUCCAUCCUUCUUUACUUCCUUCCUUCCUGACCAGUUUUAGGAAACUUUAUGCAGACCAAUCUUGAUCUUUUCACCUCUGCCCUCCUCAGUCUUCAGUUAAGCUGUCAGAGUGUUGCCUCUUCUCUCUGUGCUAACCUGCGUUUCUUCAGCCCAAAUUCACACGUGGUUAUUUUUCUGCAGAGCUACGGUUUAUUUUAAAUUAUUAAUCUUCUUGUCACGCGUGUGUCCAUAUGGAUUUUUGAAGGCCAGUACUGAUCUGAAAUCUGUGUUAGUUUAUUAAUAUAAAUCUAAAUCUGCAUCAUUUCCUGAAAAAAACAGGAACAGGAAACUAGAAAGUUGAGGUUUUUCACCUCAAGAGCAUAUUGGACCGGACUGUGGUGAGUGGGUUUGGAUCAGUCAGUCUGAACCCGUCUGAGCUGGUUUGGACCGUCCUGAGUCAGUGUGGACCAGUCCCAUUUGGGUAGACAGAUAAAGUGUGGCACCCUUUCAUCACAGUAAUCUUUUUUUCUUUAGAUUGGAACGCUCCCCCACCAAAGACCUUUAGAGACAUCCAAACUUACCUUAUCUUUCUCUGUCUCGAGUCCUGUUCAGACCAAGCUGGACUGGAUCGCAUUUGGGAUGAAGCAGCGCACAAAGAGAAGUGACAACCUGUUGUUUGAAUGUGACAAUGAAGAAGAGAAACUUGGAUCAUUCACAGUCUGCUGCAGCUGUCAAUCAUCUGCUGAAAGCCACACCCAGUACGAACCUGAACCUGCUGUGAGCUCACGCUCCCGUGGCUUUUCUGUCUCGUUCCACAGUUUCUCUGCAGCUCUUCUGUCCUCCACCUACAGGACACGUAUUUUUGUUAUACUCUGACUUAUAUCAAUCAGUAAGCUAAACAAACAAGCUACACACGUAAUAACCAUUCCUUCAGCUGGAUCUGCUUUUAAGCUCCACACCUACGUCAGCUCACCCACCCUGAUACAAACUACAGCAGAGCGCUCAGCUGGGAUGUGCCUGGGAUGUUGGGGGGGGUUAAAGGGCAGUUGGCUUUGUAUGUAUUUUGGGGGGAAAGCUUAGUCCAUCCAAAAAAGGCCGUUAGGCUUGUGUGUGUGCUGAUUUCUGUCGAGCUCAAACAUACAGUCGUCCUCUAAAGCUUUCAGCGCACAGUUUCUCAGCUUUGGGGUUUGCGGUCGAUUUUGUGACCACUGUUGUUGUUGGGAGUCACAAGCUUUAGCUUUUGUGUGUCUCUGGUUUCUGACAGUUCAAAGUGGGUGGUGCUCUAUAAUUAUGACUCUGUAGACUAUUAAUUGUUCUGUUCACCACUUCGUAGAGACAUCUAAGCACUUCAGUCCUUGCAAACUGUACCUUUAAAGCGAGGGUUGAUGACAGUUUGAGGAUCACAUCAUCAUGACAGCAGGUUGGAGGCCGUUCCGUCUGGAUUGUACAGAAGCAAAUGAACAUCAGGGAUUCUCUGGUUCCUUCACAUCGUAGAUUUAAUGUCAUCAGAGCAGGACAAUCCAAAACUAAUCCCUGGCUGGUUUGUGUUCUCCGGGCUCUAACUGAGCGUUGGAGCUAACUGGUUAAUUUGUGGAUGUUUACCUUCAUGUGUCCUCAAAGUAAAAUCCGAAGGUGCAACAGGUAACUCCAAGCACCGUGUGGGUUGGAUGGAGCUGUGAACUGCUGCUGACUGUCACCGUGUCAGUGCAGUCAACAGCAGUGGCAAGUUACAAUCAGGGUUUCUAAUCAAAAAAAUGUAGGCACCACCUAUAACAUCAUCUGUAAUGAAUAUCAGCGCGUUCCAGUUGGCACCUGGUCAGUCGGAGCCUCCCUAUUGGUCAUCUGAAAGAGCAUCUGCCUCCAGACCUGGUGUAGGUAGAAGUUUUAGUCCUGAUGCCGGAUUUCCGUCCUAACAUUUGGUGCUACGACCAAUCAUCGGCCCUGGGUUGGUUCUGUAGUUAAUGAUUGUUCUUCUUAGUUGUGGUUCCAAGACGGAGCUGGGACUUCAAGUUCCUAUUGUUAGCCCUGUGGACCUCGUCCAGGUCCUGAUCACACAGGAUGCACCGGAGGCUUGAAAACAUGAAACCCACAACUGUAGAAUCUGCGUCCAACAUUUCCCCGCCUUAUAUUCUGACAUCAGAGCGUCAUGUGCAGCUCGGUGACCAUAACACCAAUCAUGUCUGCUCAUGAUCAUGAUCCAGCUGUCAGAGGAGGAGGCUGAUGCUUAAACGGCAGGUGGUGAUGAGCUCCCUCUGGGACGUUUGAGAUGUCCGGAGGUGUAGGUGUGAUGUUUCCAGCUGUGCACGUCGUCCUAAUCAACUUUAUGUCAGAAGAAAGACGACAAACAAAACCGACCGUCAGUUUGCUAAUCAGACUGUAAACAGCUGGAUCGCAGAAACAGGACGGAUCGCUCCUCGAGUCUCUGGAGCAAGAAGAAAAAAACCCUGGUGCUGCUGAAACUGCUUCCUGUGUGAUCACAACCUGGGGCGCAGCUUUGUGUUACCAGCAAACCAGUCCACCACACAGUCCACCACACAGUCCAUCACACAGUCCACCACACAGUCCACCACACAGUCCAUCACACGGUCCACCACACGGUCCAUCACACAGUCCAUCACACAGUCCAUCACACAGUCCAUCACACAGUCCACCACACAGUCCAUCGUGUCGGGUUUUAGGUGCUAAGCUGACCCAGCCUGGGCUGAUUCUGAGCCUGUUGUCCAUCUGUGGUGCUCUCUGACCUGUGACGCUCAGCAGCUCUGUGGUCAGCGUGGCGAUCUGUCCACAGGCUCUGUUUGUGUAGCUGCCGGUAUUUCACAGAAGCAACGCACUUCCUGCUUUGAGUCCUGUUGGGUGCUGUCAGACCUGGCCUCACUUCCUGUCACCGACCUGUUCAGACAUGACCAGCGUGUAGACCCGCUCAGUGGAGGAGCUGAAAACCUGAACACGUUCCAAGAAAACACAACUAACUACGGCAGAGUGCUGAGAUCCAGAAAACCUGGACUGGAUUUUCCACGUUAUCACAGAAACAGCAAACAGUUCGGGCUGUUUCCAGUUUUACUGGCUAUUUUUUGAACAAGCCACAGUUUUACAUUCAGGAUGAACUCAUCUGAUUAAAGGCACAAAGAAGAGAAGAGAUGCACAUAAAUGCUGUCAGGGGUAAUUGAAGGAUGCUGAUUGGCUCAGUGCAGGGUUUUAAACUAAAGAGUUAAAUAACAGAUUUGUGUUUGUAAAAGUGUAAAGGAACACAACCAGGCAACAAACAUGGCGGUGAUGUUUCCCGACCUCUACAGGAAGUGACAGGUUUAUUACCUCCUGCGGAAUGCUGGGUGUGUACUGAACAGGUUUUGGGUGUUUGAGGCCAGACAGGUGCUGUCCUCGUCUCUGUUUCAGGUGCUCCAUGUCUUUUUCUAAUGACCAUAGACGACACGUCCUCGUUCAGCUGUCAAAUCCACCUGGGAAGUUCAGAGAAAAGUGGUUGCUUAGUUCACAGAUCCAGGUUUGAUUCAGGAAGAGGAAUUUCUCCUGAAUGCAAAUUUCACAAAAUUUGUCCACAAACAUUUUGUUUCCAAAAUGAUUCAACAAGUUUAGAAGAAAAUGUCAGUGUUGAUCCUGUUCAGGGUUCGUGUACCGACCCAGACUCCCCUCUGAGUGAAUGUCGCCGGGUUUACACAGUCCUUCAGUCGCAGAGCGUCUCCGUCUCGUCUGAUGAUGCUUCAGCUCUUUUCUGUUUACAUCUCAUCACCAAACCUGCCAAAAUGAAGCUCAGCCUCGUUUUAUGUUUGACGUGUUGGUCUGUUAGUUCUGCAGAUGACAGCUUGGUCUGUGUUCGUGUUAUUAAUUUGUUUUGCCUUAAGGUUCGGUCACAUUAGCCCUGCGGUCGCCUGCCCGCCCCACACUCGGGCCCAUGGGAGGAUGUGAUGUCAGUCUGUUGGUCACUGUACAAAACCUGCAGAGGAAUAACUGAGUCCACAUCUCAGAACUCAGGCUAUCAGUCUUUCUGUUGGCUGCACGUGUCACUCGCACGAAGGUGGAAGGUGAAAUCUGACGAAGCAAAAUAUGGCACCAAAGCAGGAAGUUCAUUCCAGACUUUGUCAGUUUGGCUUUUGUUGAAGUGAAAAAGAGGCGGAGCAAGGCUUCGCAGGACGUCAUGUGACCGUACCUUUACUUGAAGCUGACAGCAGUUCUCUGCUUGAAGGUCCUUGAAAGUUCCUCAGCAUCUCAGAGUCAAGAGCACCAACCACAUCUGUGGGACAGGAGGUCAAAGGUGAAAAUCAGUCAAAGAAAGCAGUGCAGAUAAAGCACAUGUUGGAAAUCAGUAACAGUGAACAGUGACUCCGACCCUCAGGUCUGUGUGGUUAUCUGGACCAGUGAUAACCACACCUCCCUGGGAACUGGGAAAUCUGAUCCCAAACACUGGUUUGAGAAACCAAACCUGAUAUUUUGUCCCCAAAUCGUCCCAAUGGACUCAGUAUUGAUGAGUCCUCAGUUCUACCGUGAGUCUGGAAUCGGUCAGGCUUUCCCACAGAUGUGGUUUGGUACUGGGCUCUGAUCCCCGGGGUCGUUUCCCCUGCAGCAUCACUGUCGUCCAGCUUCAGGUUUAGCUCAGCGUCCACAAUGUUCCUGUUCAUUAUGAUGAUUGUGCUGUUUUUAGCUUGUCAGGUAUUGAUUUUGGUUUUCACUCAGUCAACAAACAAACAGAACUCUACAGAAACCGGGUCCUGUAUCACCAUGGAAAACGUUAAACUGACUCCCCCCGCCCGCCCGUUCUUUUAUUCUGUCCCUCCUUGUUUUAUAAUGAAAUAAAAACACUGUAAAGGUGAAUAAAGUAUUUAUAAACA